AUGACGCUGAUUGGGCUUCGCUUGAAUUCAGAGGCUGAAGCAUCACUGGAUUUUUUGCUGAAUGGUGCCGAUGAGGCUUUGAUUAGUGCUUUUUUGGUGUUACUGAGAGCCAAAGGAGAGACUUUCGAGGAAAUUGUGGGGCUUGCGAGGGCGAUGAUCAAGCAUAGUUUAGAAGUAGAGGGCUUACUUGAUGUAGUGGACAUUAUUAUAACUGAUGGUGAUGGAGCAAACACAGUUAACAUUUCGACUGGAGCUUCAAUACUUGCUGUAGCUUGUGGUGGAAAAAUUGCAAAGCAAGGAAAUCGUUCAAGUUCUUCAGCAUGUGGAAGUGUCGAUGUAUUAGAAGAGUUAGGGAUAGCAAUCGACCUGAAACCUGAGGGAGUUUCAAGUUGUGUGAAAGAAGUAGGCAUUGGAUUUAUGAUGGCUCCAACAUAUCAUCCAGCAAUGAAGCUUGUCCGUUCAGUCACCGAAAAGCUGAAAGUAAAAACUGUAUUUAAUAUAUUGGGCCCUAUGUUAAACCCAGCAACAGUACUGUAUGCUGUUGUGGGUUUUUAUUCAGAAGAUUUGCUAAGUAAAGUUCUUGGACUCUACAAGCAAUUUGGCAUGAAAUGGGCAUUAGUUGUUCACUCAGAGGGCUUGGAUGAGAUGAGCCCCCUUGGACUUGGGCUAAUCCUUGAUGUUACACCAGAAAAGAUUGAGAAGUUCGCAUUUGAUCCAUUGGACUUUGGGAUUCCUAAGUGUACCCUGGACGACUUGCAAGGUGGAGGCUCAGAGUAUAAUGCCGAGGCACUAAAGCGUGUAUUGUCAGGGGAGAAAAGUUCAAUUACAGAUGCAUUUAUCUUAAAUGCAGCAGCAACGCUCAUGGUUAGUGGCAAUGUGAACUCUUUGGCUGAAGGGAUCGCUCUAGCUCGCGAGACUCAACUAUUAGGCAAAGCUAUCAAGACGCUCGAUCAGUGGAUAGAUGUGUCCAAUGGGGUUUGAAUCUUAUUGUUGCCAUCUCACAUGCUGAACAGAGAGAAGUAGAUACCUGGCACUUCAUGCAAACUGCCCCUUGGCUGGGUUUACUUCCCAGUGCAGAUGGGCAAGUAUUACAUUCUCAAGAUGGUGGAGAUAGUACAAUUGUUAGUCUCUUUAAAUCAGUCACUGCUGCAAUAUUAUCUAAGCCAGGGUGCCCAAAUCCAACCUCUUUCAACACCCUAUCAAAACAAGCAGAAGCUACAGGUACAGAG